UGCUUUCCAACGUGGGGGAAGGGCCCGGCGGGCCAGGAGGCGGAGCGGAAGCGGAGAGCUAGGGAAGAGGAGAGUAGAAUCUUCACAAGCUGGAAAACCAAUCUCGUCCCUGAUUCCCAGCCCCGGCCUUUCUCCAUCCCGACCUGGAGGCUGCUUGGCAAGCGCGGGACGCAGCUGACGCCGGCUAAUCAGCUUUCGCUGCGCCGCCCUGGCUCGGGAGCCGGUUGGCGGCGGCGACGGUGACUAGAACCCCACAGGCAAGCUCAGCUUUGUUCUACUUUGAGAGAGAGCAAGUCAGAUGCCCCUCCUUUUAACUCCCUCUUCAAAACUCAGUUUCUGGGUGACUGCUUCAGAGAUACAUAAGAGGAUUGAACACCACCCCCACGCUGCCCGGGCCAGCUGUGUCCUUUGCAGGAUCCUUGGAGGAGCUUAAGUGUGUGUUUCGGCAGAUUUUACAGAGUUAACUAAGAGUUGGAGGCAACCUUGCUGAAGAUGAAGAAGAAUAUGCAGCAUUAAAGGAGGAGGAGGAAAUUUUUUCUUUUUUCUUUCAAAAGUCUUGAUUGUUUGGUGGCUUGCCUCUAGUUACCACUUUCAGCUGAGUCUGUUUGCUUCAUCAGAAAUGAUUUUUACAAUCUCAAGAAAACAUAUGUCCCAGAAAUUGAGUUUACUGUUGCUUGUAUUUGGACUCAUUUGGGGAUUGAUGUUACUGCAUUAUACUUUUCAACAACCAAGGCAUCAAAGCAGUGUCAAAUUACGUGAACAAAUUCUAGACUUAAGCAGAAGAUAUGUUAAAGCUCUAGCAGAGGAAAAUAAGAACACAGUGGAUGUUGAGAAUGGAGCUUCGAUGGCAGGAUAUGCGGAUCUAAAAAGAACGAUUGCUGUCCUUUUGGAUGACAUUUUACAACGCUUAGUAAAGCUUGAAAACAAAGUCGACUAUAUUGUUGUGAACGGCUCAGCAACCAACACUACCAAUGGUACUAGUGGGAAUCUGAUGCAGAUGACUUUUUCAAAAGAGAGAAAUGGAAGGUUGCCUUGUUCAGGAUGUGAGCGAGGGAGUCCAGGGAUGGAUGGGAAGAAGUGUGGGAAUUGUGAUCAAAGGUGGAUUCUUAGAAUUGUAGGUGAGGACGAUGGAGGGAAACUUUUUACUCCUGAAGAAUAUGAAGAAUACAAAAGAAAAGUUUUACCUAUGCGCUUACAGAACAGAUUAUUUGUCAGCUGGCGAUCACCAACAGGAAUGGACUGUAAACUUGUGGGUCCAGAGACACUGUGUUUUUGUACACAUAGGUAUAAACAACAUCAAACUGACUUUGAAACGAUUCCACAGCAGCGCCCCAUUUGUCUGCCUUGUCGAGUGACCGGCUGCCAGUGCAGGGCUUAUGCCUUUGUACCUUUGAAUGGAGCACAGCCCAUUCGCUGCAGGUGCAAGCACUUUGCAGAUCAGCACAGUGUUGCACCUAGCUUUCCGUGCAAUGCCUGUUCCAAGUGUUCAGGAUUCCAUAGCUGCUUCACUUGUGCUUGUGGUCAGCCUGCAUAUGCCCACGACACAGUAGUGGAAACUAAGCAAGAAAGACUGGCCCAAGGAAAACCAGUGGGACGGGAUGUUCCUUAUGCAGCCAUGGGAGGACUGACUGGCUUCAGCUCACUGGCAGAAGGCUACAUGCGGUUAGAUGACAGUGGAAUUGGUGCACCUUCAGCUGAAUUUUUAGACUCUCCAGUUGCGGCCACAGACCACCCCUUUCUAAAAGCAUUUCAAGCAGCAUCUAGUUCUUCUCCAGAAACACUAACAGAUGUAGGUACAAGUAGUAAAGUUUCUUCCUUAAGGAGACCUGAAGAGGAUGAUAUGGCUUUCUUUGAAAGACGGUACCAGGAAAGGAUAAAAAUGGAGAAAGCUGCUAAGCAUAAAGGAAAAGCACCGUUGCCACCAAGUACAAAACCUUCAUGAAGACCAUUUGGGAAAUUAAAACCGUCAUCCAAAUAUAUAUUUUUUGUGUUUAUUUAAAUACAAUAAUAUAGUUUAUUUUCUCUCAAAUUAUUUACUUUUAGUGUAUAAAAAUGUCUUUUUGGAUUUUU